AUCCAUUGUAGAUCACCCGCAUUUUGGAACGCACCCCUAUCUACAGUAAAAUAGCUAUCGAAUGAUACGUUGGUUAAUAAACAAAUCCUCAAAAAUCCUUUGACUGUGAAGUGGCAAAUUUAAAGUGGCACAUUUGAAGUGGCAAGUUGAAUUUAUGAAAAUCAAAAGUUACAAUCUUGCUAUCAAGUUUAAAGCAUCGGACGAUUUAAUAAUAUGGACUUUGUUGAUUCCAUUCUUAACAUGUAAUUCCUUCAUAACACGAUGAAUAAAUUAGGUUAAGGUCAAAUGGGUUUAUCUUUUCCAUUAACAUUGAACUGUCAACUGAACCAGUCUAAACUACUGGAUUCGGUCUUCGAUUGUUGUGAAACUUAACCUCAAAUUCCGUGCAGAGAGUAUUUGUAACUAUGAGGACUAGAAGGACUAUGGCUAUUUUCGGAGUGGGUUUGAUCCUCGCCUGCUGCGUGAUGAUCUAUCUAAUGAUGGAUCUGACGCUUCUACCACCUGGACAAAGUCAUAAGCUUUCCAUGAGCAAUAACGAAUGGCUCCAUUUUGAGAACAGACUAGCAAAGUUGGAGAAAGAUUUCGAUAGACAUUAUAAAGUUAUGAAUGCUUUACAAGAGCAAGCGGCAAAAAUCAAAGAUAAUCUCCUGCCUGUCAUGCAAUCAGGCAGUCACUCCAAUCAUUCACAUAUCAAGAUUUCACAUUUAGGAAAAAGUUUUACAUGUAAUUUUAAUAUUCAAAAAGUUCCCGAGGUCGAUAUACAAAUGUUAGAACUGUAUAAGCAAUUGGAGUUCGAUAAUCCAGAUGGUGGAGUUUGGAAACAGGGCUGGAACAUCGUAUAUGAUGAGAAGCAGUGGCAUCCCAACAGAAAAUUAAAAGUCUUUGUUGUACCUCAUUCACACAAUGAUCCCGGAUGGUUGAAUACUUUUGAAAAGUACUAUAUGUUCCAAACGAAGAAUAUACUGAAUAACAUGGUGACCAAGCUGAGUGAGGAUAGAAGACGCAAGUUUAUUUGGGCAGAAAUAUCGUUUUUCCAGCUUUGGUGGGACGAUCAGUCCAAGGAGAUAAGGGACGAGGUGCGCCGUCUUAUACAUGACGGGCAAUUAGAAAUUGUGUCGGGAGGAUGGGUGAUGCCAGAUGAAUCCGUGUCGCACUGGAUUGCCCAGCUCACGCAAUUAACUGAAGGUCAUCAGUGGUUGAAAUACAAUUUGGAUUACACUCCAAACUCGGGAUGGGCCAUCGAUCCGUUUGGUCUCUCCCCUACGAUGCCAUAUCUCCUGAAAAAUUCAGGCCUGGAGAACCUCUUGAUACAACGGGUUCAUUACUCGGUGAAAAAGAGACUUGCCAAAAACAAGAGUCUCGAGUUUCGUUGGAGACAAUUAUGGGAUAAUGACGGCUCCACGGAAUUCUUCACUCACAUUAUGCCGUUCUACAGCUACGACAUCCCUCACACGUGCGGACCAGAUCCAAAGGUGUGCUGCCAAUUUGAUUUUUACAGGAUGCAGAACUUUGGUCUCAAUUGCCCAUGGAAGGUCCCGCCGAAGACCAUCACUAAAGCGAACGUGGCAGAGAGAUCGUUGCUCCUGCUGGAUCAGUACCGCAAAAAAGCACAGCUCUUUAAGACUGAUGUAGUACUUGCGCCCUUGGGUGACGAUUUCAGGUACACGCACCUCACCGAGUGGGAAAUUCAAUAUGAUAAUUAUCAGAAGCUUUUCAAGUAUAUGAACGACAAUCAACAUUUGAAUGUCCAAAUACAAUUUGGAACAUUGAGUGAUUACUUUGAAGCUGUCAAAGAGAAACACAAUUUGAAUAAAUUUCCCACCUUGUCUGGAGAUUUCUUUACAUAUUCCGACAGAGAUGAUCAUUAUUGGAGCGGUUAUUAUACCUCCAGGCCUUUUCACAAAAGAUUGGAUCGUGUAUUAUUGGGUUCUUUGAGAGGAUCGGAGGUAUUAGCUACGGUAGCUUGGAUCAGAGGCAAUGAUCAGCUAGCAGAAGGCAGCCUCGCGUCUCGUUUGAGUAAGGCCAGGAGGUGGCACUCUCUAUUUCAACAUCACGACGGCGUUACUGGCACUGCCAGGGACAACGUUAUGAUAGAUUACGCUCAGAAGAUGAUAAUAGCAUUAAACAAUUCGGCUCAUGUACUUCAACAAUCUAUAGCGCAUUUAUUAAGGACUCCUCAAACGUCAUCUAUGGAUGUAGAAGCUGUAUAUUUCUCGUUGGAUGAAACUAGGUCGCAUCACACGAGUGUGGGUGAGAAGCAUGUUCUUAAUCUCGGAGACGAUAAGUCAUCAAGAAAAAUUAUUUUCUAUAAUCCCCUCCCAAGACAAAGGACAAAAGUACAAACUUUAAUUGUAUCGACGCCGUUCAUCAGAGUUACUGAUCGAAGAGGACAGGCUAUCAAGUGUCAAGUGUCUCCCAUUUGGAUUGGUCCAGCCGCAUUAUCUACGGCUAGAUAUGAGUUAUCAUUUUUAGUCACUGUUUCAGGAUUUGGUAUUACUACAUACAUAGUUCACGCGCUACAUCAAGCGUCUACAAAGGAAGUAUAUCUGGCUAAUGUUACUAUUUUCAACACUGACAUAAACUUACCACCAAUACCCGGCUUUAGCCAUCUGGUGAUUUUGCCAUACACGCAAGAGUUUUCAAUUUCUCAACGGCCAGAAUUGUCGGCCUCUUUUGGGAAAUCCGGUUUAUUAAAAGCUCUGCGGGUCGACAACACUAUUUUCCCUGUGCAUCUGGAUUUUGUGAAAUAUGGCACCAGAGGUUCCAGUAAAGAUAAAAGUGGCGCUUACUUAUUUUUACCUGACAAAUCGGAACCAGACGUCAUAUUUAUGGAUGGCAAGGCGAUCAUUCAUUUGAUAACCGGGCCGAUUUUAUCGAAGGUAUUCGUAGAAUUGCCGCAUGUGCGGCAUAUAUGUACGUUGUUCAAUUCUCCUGGCAGCGACGGACUUGGAUUGCACAUACUCAAUGAAGUCGACAUAACGGAAACACAAAACUACGAGCUUGCGAUGCGUUUUAACACGGACAUCGCAUCCGAUAAUCAAUUUUUCACGGACUUAAAUGGACUCAAUAUAAUUCGACGGCAAAGAUUUCCUAAGCUUCCCACGCAAGGAAACUACUAUCCAAUGGCGGCUAAUGCAUAUAUAGAAGAUAAAAGAGUUAGAUUGACAGUUGCUACAGCGCAACCAUUGGGAGUAGCCUCAAUGGCAUCUGGUCAACUUGAAAUUAUGCAAGAUAGAAGAUUACUUCAAGAUGACAAUCGAGGAUUAGGACAAGGUGUAAUGGACAAUCUGUUGACAAAUCAUAUGUUCAUGUUAAUCCUGGAGAAGAAGGAAACAAAUUGCCCUUCCACGGUAUCGACGAACCAUCCGGCAGGAUUAUUGUCUUUAAGUGGUCACUUAGUCUCGGAAGAGUUGUUGCAUCCAAUUAUGGUGCUGCAUCCCCACAAUUCUUUGCCGUUCAACUUGAAUGCUCACUUUGCGCCGCUUAGACAUGAUCUUCCAGUAGACUUAAGCAUUGUUAGUCUCCGGGUGUUUCCCAUUCCUGAAGGCGCCGGCAAAGGUGUUGGCAUGGUGUUGUACCAAUCGGCCUUGGACGUUUGCUUCAACAAUUCUCUCUCGCGACGUUUUAAUGUUUCGAAGUCAGGCGAAGUAGAUUUGACAAAAGUGCUUAAUGAUAUGGAGGAUUGGACUAUAAGUAAGGCGCCCCUUACGUUUCACAACGUUGGACCAUCUUUAAAGUCGCCCGUUGUGAACUUGUGCCCGCAUCAAAUACUACCAAUCUUAUUCCAUAAGACGCAAUCCUAACCGAAAGAGAUGUAUAAUAUGAAGAACAUGCGUUACUUUUCAUUAUCCGCAUAAAUUUUGUUUACUCAAGAUUAUGUAAUCCAAGUGCGCCGAGGCUGGUGGAUUCGAACUGUCUAAUUUAUAUCUGAAACAGUAUUAAAUGGGAUCAUUAUCACUUUGAUUGAAGAUCUUGUUUAAAGGAAUUUGCUGAAGAAAAUUAUCGUCAUAUUUUUAUUAGAAGAUAUCUUUGAAUUGACUUGAGAGAGAGAGAGAGAGAGAGAGAGAGAGAGAGAGAGAGAGAGAG